AGGGAGUGGAACAGUGAGUGCAACAGUUUAUUGAUAAGGGAGGUACUCUUGAUUGGGCCUAUUUUUAGGGGAGGGGAUUAUUAUUAUUAUUAUUAUUAUUGGCUGAUGAAAUGUGAAGUGCAGUUGAUGGACUCGUGGAGGAUUGUGUUAUCGUUUGUUAGCGUUAAUCAAGGAAGCGAGAGAGGAAGGCGCAAGGCGCCUGAAAUGACGGGCACGCGACGGGGUACUGCAUCACCCCAAUACAACAUCAUCCUCUUGACACCAAUCAUCGUACUACUUCUGCAAUUACACUGUGUUACAGGGGGAAUUUGCUGGUCUUCAAUUAGCAACGGUAAGUGCAAAGAGCUGAUGAACCAGGGUGUCACGAGGCAGGAGUGUUGCGCAUCAAACGCAGCAGCUGCGACUGCUUAUUCCGACGAGGAUCUCGACAGCGGGAGUCUGUUCUUCUGGAGAGUCCUCGGAGGUGGUGUCCAGUGUCGACCUUGUCGAGAGAGCUGCGCAGAGGUUCGCUGUGAAGAGGGUAAGAAGUGUGUUGUCAGACGGGGAAGACCGAGGUGUGUCUGCAGUCCAGAGUGCAAAUCACCACGUGGUGGAAGUGGUCCAGUCUGUGGUACCGACGGCAGAAGCUACCGUAGCCUCUGCAGGCUCAAGAAACACGCAUGCAAAAAAGGAAGCCACGAGCUCACUGUUGCCUACAACGGUUAUUGUCAAAGUUCGUGCGAGCGUGUACGGUGUGGCCAGGGUCGAAGCUGCCUGUUGGAUCAGAAUCUGAGUCCUCACUGCGUGAGGUGCGCUCGCAAGUGCCCUCAGGCCCCUCACCAGGUCGCGAGCGCACGACCUGUCUGCGGAGCCGACGGAAACACCUACAAGAGCGCCUGCCACCUGCGCCUCGCCGCCUGCAGAGCUGGUCGGGCCAUUCCCGUCGCCUAUAAGGGCCACUGCAAACCAAACGCAGAUUGCACAACAAUUCGCUGUCGCGAGGGGCAAACUUGUUUGACAGAGAUGAACUCGGGACGUCCGCGAUGUGUCACAUGUACCUACAGAUGUCCCCGGAAACGCGAGAGAAUUCGCGAACGAAAGCGCGACAGACACCGGGAAAAAGACUGGGCCCGUGAUUCACCCAAUAAUUCACAACUCUGUGCAACAAAUAAUAUCACAUAUCCAAGCUGGUGUCACAUCGUCAAGGAUGCAUGCGUCACAGGUUUCGUCCUGGAGACACGACACGCUGGACCAUGUGAUUACCACGAUGCAUCAUUUUACGGAGAGGAGAAUAACACAUCAACGUCAUACGGUGUUGAUCUCGCGGAUGAGAUAAAAAUCAGUGGUAGAAGUACAUCUCGCAAACUCCAGAUGCAUCAUCACUUGUACACGUAGCCUAGUUAAUCUCCAAGUGAAAUUUCUAGCGGAAAAUCCGAAUAAAAAAUUUGACUCGGAUGUACUCGACCGGUGAAUACAACGCGCAAUUGUUUCAUCCCAAUAAUUUCGAGUUUGAGUCAAAAUUUUUGAGGCCCUAGACGAUUAAAUAACCAAGAAAACGUAGUUAGCGCCAUUUUUUGAGUCACUUUAUUUAUUUUGACUUGUGGUGAACUCUUGGCGGAUCGGCCAAUCAUUUUAAAUCGACCAUUCGUGUAUUUGGUCGUUAGUAUUACACAAAGUAUUAAAAAUUUUUGCGAAUUCUGACUAGCACGGCGGUGAUAAAGAGCAUUAAUGUUUAUUUUAUUGCCGGGGCUUUUUAUUUUUUGUUUAAUUAAUUAGUUUUUUUUUUUCGAUCCUCCUCGUACCUUUAAUCAGCCGUGCGCCAGUAGUUGUACCAUCGUCGUACUUAAUUUAUUUCUAGGUUUUAAUUUACGAUGCGGAAUUUAAUGCGUCGCCAUUUUUUUUUUCGAAAAUUUAUCAUUUCAAUCUGUGAUUAGAGAAAAUUGCAAUGUUUAUGAUUGAUUCAAUCGUUAUAAUCUUGUAAAGUCAUUAAAUAUGUUUAAAUUAUUCGUUUAAUUAUCGAAAAUUCAUUGAAAGACUUUUCAAUUACUCGAGGCGCGACAAAAUAUUUCAACGACUUUAUCAUUUUUUUCGUCAAUUAUUAUCCGGAGUAUUAAAAAAUACGAUAUCCUCAAUUAUAUUCAACUGAAUCACCGGAAAUAAUUUUCCUCAUUGAUUAUUUAAUUGGAGUUUCAAUCUAAAUGAUUUUUUGCAAUAAAUAAAAUCCGGGAAUUGUCGAGUGCUUCAGAGCUGUCUCGAGUAAACGAAGAGAAUUGGAUAAAUAUAUGAUGUAUUUAAUAAAAAAAAAUGCUUACUUUAUGUCGCUUGCUUUAACUCGGAACGAGUGGGACGAAUGAACAAAUUGUUUUAUCAAUGUUUUUUUUUUGCAAUGAAUUUCGUCGCCAAAUGUUCAAAA